ACCUACGUGCUUGCCUUACUCUACACUGUCUGUGGGAAAUGGAGAACGAGCUUGAGUAAAUUUUUGCGAUGCUAUCGGUUUAGCCAGUUGAAGGUUAAAUAGCAGAAAUGAAUAUGGCAGCGUAUCAACGCGAUCCUUUGGAUUUUCCAUACUGCGACGAAGUGUCGAAAUAUGAGAAGCUAGCGAAGAUAGGACAGGGAACGUUUGGGUUGGGAAGUCUUCAAGGCGGAGCACAGAGAAACCAAAAAAGUUGUUGCUCUGAAGAAGGUGCUCAUGGAAAAUGAAAAAGAAGGGUUCCCCAUCACAGCACUGAGAGAAAUCAAGAUUCUUCAGCUUCUCAAACAUGAAAAUGUAGUGUCCCUCCUAGAAAUAUGUCGCACCAAAGCCACCAUGUACAACCGUUACAAGGGUAGCAUCUAUCUAGUCUUUGAGUUCUGCGUGCAUGACUUGGCAGGUCUUCUCAGUAACUACAAUGUGCAUUUCUCCCUGGGAGAAAUCAAGGAGGUGAUGAAGCAGUUGCUGAAUGGUCUGUACUACAUUCAUAGCAACAAAGUGCUCCACCGAGACAUGAAGGCUGCUAACAUCUUCAUUACCAAGGAAGGCAAGCUCAAGCUGGGGGACUUUGGCCUGGCGCGGGCAUUCAGCAUGCCCAAGCCGGGUCAGGUCAACCGUUACACCAACAGGGUAGUCACACUGUGGUAUCGCCCCCCAGAGCUGCUCCUGGGCGAGCGCAACUACACACCAGCCAUUGAUUUGUGGGGCGCAGGCUGCAUCAUGGCCGAGAUGUGGACACGCAGCCCUAUUAUGCAAGGCAACACGGAACAACACCAGCUGACACUGAUCAGCAACCUGUGCGGGUCUGUCAUGCCUGAGGUCUGGCCUGACGUGACAAAGCUUGACCUCUUCCACAAGUUGGAGCUGCCACAGGGCCAGAAGCGCAAGGUCAAGGACCGGCUCAAGAAGUACGUCAAGGACCAGUUUGCCCUAGACCUCAUUGACAAACUGCUGACACUGGAUCCCAAGUCACGGACCGAUGCUGACCAGGCACUGAACCAUGACUUCUUCUGGAAUGACCCCAUGCCCUGUAGCCUGGUCAAUUUGCUGUCCAAGCUCAAUACGUCCAUGUUUGAGUAUUUGGCACCCAAGCGAAGAAUCAAUCAGGGUCACCAUCCAGGACAUGGUGGACAGAUGCAUGGCCAAAGACACCCCCAGGCAUCAGGGAGACCUGCCAAUGCCACUGAUGCAACAUAUGACAGAAUAUACUGACCGAGCUCAUGUGACCUCGGAUACAACCACAAAGUUCACAUGUAUGUGUUAGGAACUAUCCCUUGCUUCUUUUGACAAGACACCCUAAUCAGUGUCAACCACACUCGAAAUUAGAGCCAUAGAACAGGUCUUAUGUGUACGAAGUCCAUCAACUUGUGCUGUGUGUACAUGUACACACAUGUAUUUGGUAUUCAUGUAGUCCGUACUUAUCUACACGUACAGGUGCAUGUAUGGCCUUGAGUGUUGAAAGCACAUCCAGCAUCAACCUUUAUAUAGAAGUCAACUUGGGCUCAGUUUGCUAGCUUAGCUCAGGAAUUGUACUAUUGUCAGCACUGGGUUUCCAACACUAUCACUGAAAUUUUCACAACUCCAGAGCUCCAAGCUGGACCAAAGAUUUCUAAUAGCAGCGGACAUGACGGAGGCUUCUUUGGAACUGUAUCUCGCAGGUUCAAAAACGACUAUGAAAUGCAUGCAUUGCAGUCAUGUUACUACCAACAAAUGAACACUCCCCACCAACAUGACUCUUUUUGACCAAUGAGGGGGUGAUGCCUCUUCUCAAGAUGGACAAAACUUUACACAAGUGAAUAAACCCAAAUGCCUUGUUAACCUACAAAAUAAGUAAGCCAUCAAACCCAUCAUGCAGAAUAGUGUGCAUUCCAUGCAAUACCCCGUCCCUAGUAAAUACUAAGGUUGUUGGGAGAGUGUGAAGUGAGUGCCUGGUACCUUUGCAGAUUUCAUACUUUUUCCCCCAACUCCACAUUAUGUGCACACAACACGCACACAAACACACAUAGGAUAUUUUUUACUUUGUAAAAAUGUGGCGCUCAUUGUUUACUAGGAACCCUAAAUGAUUAUUCACCGUGAGCAGUGCCAUACAUGUGUAUGAAAUUGGGCCCACUACCCAUCAAGCAUUCUUAGAAUGGUUAGGAAAGAUUUUAAAAAUGGAACUGGAUCUGAGCAGCAGUUUAAUUAUGUUUUUUAAUUACAGAUUCACCAUUAAACAAAGCAUGCUGACAACACCAUUGGUGUCUACUAUUAGUGCAAAAGGAACUGCACGUUUAUUUUCCUUUGGUUGUUUUGAGUUUGCACCUUUUCCACAGAGUGGGAUUUGGUACUCCAAAGUACAUUCCAAUGCAGGGUUUUCUAGAAGCAUUUAUUGGGAUAACUUGUCGAUGUCAAAGCUAAUAAUACUGGAGUGUCGGUUGGGCUGACAACUUUCUUCUUAAAUUAAAAACACUGCUUAAAAAUCGACAAAGCUACUUAAUGGGACGCUGAAUUAUUCUGUUAAUAAAGAAGUACAUGUACACCGGUGAUGUAAGGAAGUUGUAAUGAGUGUGGUUUGUAAAUUUGUAUAACCGGUACAAAAGUGGGGAAUGUCACAACUGCUGUGACCUGUAUUGUGCCAUUUGGGUGUGAAAACCUUCGAAGUUCUGAAGAGAGAACCUGACACCAUUCUUAAGAAAGAACUUAAGAAUGCAACAAUGGAGAACAGCCCUUUUCUUUGCAUACAGCUGCGUACAGUGUACAUGUACUUCAAACAGUUGUGAAACAAAACCCACUAGUAGGACAUUGCCUUCCCAAACAUUAAAGAGGGUUAAUGCAUAAAAUGUA